UCGGCCGUGAUUUUGGAAAUCUCUUCUGCAGAAAUCUUUUGCCAAACAAUCUCCUGAUUUCACUUCGUUGAUUACCCUGUUUGUUAAGAGUACUCGGAAUAUCCACAUCAGAAUCAUGUCUGCGGAAAAGACAAUGCGCGCGGUGGUUUUCCGCGGCCCCUACAAGGUGGCUGUUGAGGAACGCCCGGUGCCCCAGAUUCAGGAUGCGGGGGAUAUUGUGGUCAAGGUUACCUAUACGGCGCUUUGUGGAAGUGACCUUCAUGUGUACCGGGGUCUGGAGCCUGCCGGGACCGGCUUUGUGAUGGGUCAUGAAGUCACGGGUGAAGUGGUGGAGAUCGGUGAUGCUGUCACGUCGGUCCAGAAGGGGGAUGUCGUCGUUAGUGCUUUUACGACGUCUUGCGGCAAGUGCUUUUACUGCAAACAAGGAUUCUCUUCGCGCUGCGAGCAGAACAUGCUGCUGGGCUGCGACCAUCUGGAUGGCGCACAGGCUGAAUAUAUCAGAAUUCCAAAUGCGGAUGGAUCCGUGGUGAAAGCCCCUGAGGGUGUCGAUGAGAAGUUCCUCGUCCUCAUGGCUGAUAUCUUUCCCACUGGCUACUUUGCGGCGCGCAAUGCAUUCAAGGCCUUCACCAAGGAGCAAAUCGCAGAGCAGACGGUCGUCCUCAUCGGCUGCGGGCCAGUCGGACUCUGCGCAUUGAUUAAUGCUCUGGAGUACAAGCCCAAGCAUCUUCUAGCUGUUGACUCCGUUCCCUCGCGACUUGAACUGGCCAAGUCCCUUGGGGCCGAGCCUUGGAACUUCCAGACUGAUCGUGAGGGUUUGGACAAGCGCGUCCUAGAGCUGACGGAGGGACGAGGUGCCGAUGCCGUCAUUGAGGUUGUGGGGUUGAGCCCGGCACUGAGGACCGGUUUCGAUCUGCUGCGGCCGUGGGGCACCAUCAGCAGUGUUGGAGUGCACAAUGGAGAGAUCCCGUGGGAUGGAUGCGAGGCCUAUGGAAAGAACCUCACGGUCCAGAUGGGGCGGUGCCCUGUGCGGUCCGUUUCAGAACAGGCGCUGGAAGUCUUGAAGAAAAACCAGCAUCUUCUGGGCUUCAUGGCCGACAAGAUCAUGCCCCUUUCGCAGGCGGUUGAGGCGUAUGAGAUAUUCAACGCCAUGAAGGUGCAGAAGGUGAUUUUUGAAGCGGAUAAAUAGACUGGGAUUGGCAUGCUGCUAGGUUCAUGAGAUAAGACACACGCUUGAGCCUCCAAGACAUGCAUUGCAGGUAAAGAUGCCGUUUUGUUAUGUGGUUGUAGUAAUCAUCACCCAGACUAGACGAGCGUCGGCCUAACCAAUAC